AUGUUGCAAGCUCUCACGCAACACGCUGGGUCUAGUCAAGCUAAAGUCUUGUUUGAUGGCAUGCAAGAACGAGAUAAUACAAUCUGGAACACCGUUCUCAACGCAUAUGCCUUGGAAGAAAGCCUUGAGCUUGCGGAAGAGAUCCUUGCAAAGAUGCCUCUACAGUGUAAGUUUUCAUGGACAAUUAUGCUCUUGGCAUAUGCCCGCGCCAGCUUACUCGACAAAGCGAAACAACUGUUUGAUGUCAUGGCCGAGAGAGACGUGGUUUCAUGGAACGCAUUGAUUCAGGCAAGUGCCGAGAGUGGGCUUCUGGAGAAAGUUGUGAUACUCUUUGAUCGGGUGCCGCAAUGCAACAUGUCGUCAUGCAACUCGACGCUCGUAGCUUACGUCCAGUGCGGGUAUCUUGAUCAAGCACACAAACUCUUCGCGAGGAUCCCCGAUAGAGAUUUAGCGUCCUGGAGCAUCAUGAUCCUCGGGUGUGCUGGAAACCGGCAGGAGCGACUGGCACUGGAGCACUUCGGUGAGAUGCUGCUCGAGGGGAUCAAGUGCGACGAGAUCACGAUGCUGGGGGUCUUGUCAGCGUGCAAUCACUUGGGCCUAAUCCAGGAAGGAGUGAGCUACUUUGUGAUGAUGGUGGCAGAGCUCGGGAUUGAUCCGUUCGUGGAGCACUUCAGCAGCCUAGUGGAUCUUCUCGCGAGAGUGGGGCAGCUGAGAGAAGCUCACGACUUGCUGAGAAACAUGCCGUUCGUGCCGGAUCCAGCGGCGUGCUGCUCCAUGCUGGGCGCUUGCAGGACUCACGGUGAUGUGGAGCUGGGAGCUUACACGGCUGCAAACGAGGAGUUUGGGAUCGAGCCACACCAUCCAUCGCCAUAUCUCUUCCUCUCGAGCAUGAAGCACUGA